AUUUGUCCAUCACUAUUCAUUAUUCCCUAGUUGCUGGGUGAAACCCCAUAUGUCUAGUUUAUCUACUUUAUGUAUUUGUAUCAUUUGUCUUUAGGUUUAUGACCACUCCCUGCCACACUUUAAUGUAGUGCCUAGGGUGGUCCUUCCUGGCCCAGCUGAUGUGUCCCAGGGAGCAACAAGGCCCAAUAAAGUGUUCUGCCCGGUGAGGAACCCCUACCUUUAGUGAAUUCAGGGAGCAGGGACCCCGGGAACGAUGCUUUAGUCAGUUACAGGUUAUAAUUUGUAAUAGCACAUUCAAGGAAAGUAAGAUAGAUAGAGGCAUUUUUAGGCACUUCGCCAAUUUACUAACAGGCGCAGGCGUAAAGUAAAUAAAUCUACCCCAUAGUGUUAUUUAAUAAGAGCAGCCUUUACUCCACUCAGGAGAGAGAGAGAGAGAGAGAGAGAGAGAGAGAGAGAGAGAAGGUAGUAACUCUCCCCUAGGUUCUGCCUAAGUGAAGGGACUGUAGUACGGAAUAGGGGCUCAGGUCUACAAACCCUGAGGGUCCCGCGUCAGCGAAAUUUUUUUUGUAGGGCCAGCAUAUCGGGAGAGGGGGUUUGGGUCGGCUGAGACCCACAAGGUUUUUUUCCCGGUGUCCUGCCGGCCCAGUCUGAUCCUGUCCUGAUGUCCUUUAUUUUAUUUGUUGCAACAGCCUAUGGGAGUUGUAGUUCCCUACUUUCCCCCCCCACAAUUAUUCCACUAAACACUGCACAAAUACAAAUGUAAUGCUUUCGGUUUAGUGUCCUGUCAAGCAGUACAAACAUUUUAAAAUGUUCUUGAUCUUUCAGAUGCUACAACUAAAGUGGAUAUUUUCAACACUGUUGCUGAUCUUUGGCUUUGGCUUCUGUGUUUUACUCUUAAAUAUCCAGAAUUUCUGUACAACGUGCCGUAUGAUCGUUUAUUCAUCACCCACCUCUACAUCUGCUACAGAAAGUGAGACAUUUCCUCUGCGGACCAAGAUACAGUGCGAGAGGAAUCCUCCAUUCCUAGUGUUGUUAGUAACCACAACCUACAAACAAAAGGAGGCCCGGAAUGCUAUCCGGCAGACCUGGGGCAAGGAAAGACAAAUUGGGGAUUUGCUUAUUUCCACCUAUUUUCUUCUGGGUGCUAGUGCAAACGUCACCAUUCAAGAGGAACUUAUUGAAGAAAGCGACACCUACAAUGACAUUAUUCAGGGAGACUUCAGAGACACGUAUUAUAAUCUGACCCUGAAAACCAUGAUGGGGAUUGAAUGGAUUUGCGCCCAUUGCCCACAAACAAAAUUUGUGAUGAAAACGGAUUCCGAUAUGUUUGUUAAUACAGGGUAUCUAGUUGAGCUGCUUGUAAAGAAAAAUCAAACAACCAAUUUCGUUACUGGUUCCCUCAGACCAGACGAUGUACCCAUACGGAAUAUUCACAGCAAGUGGUACAUAAGCGAGACAGAAUACCCACUGGACCAGUAUCCGCCAUUUUGUUCAGGAACCGGGUAUGUUUUUUCUGUAGACGUUGCACAAAAGAUCCAGAACGUCUCCACAACGGUCCCAUUUUUUAAACUGGAGGACGUCUAUGUAGGGAUGUGCCUGGAGAAACUGAAAAUCAACUUGCAGGACCUUCAUUCCAGGCCAACGUUUUUUGAGUAUAAAAAGCCAUUCACUGUCUGUGGUUAUCGGAAACUGGUCACCUCGCAUGGCUUCCCACCCCAUGAAAUGUAUCUUCUCAGGGACACCUUGAGAAGAUCAGAAGCUGAACGGUGCUGAAUGGAUGGAACGUUUGUUACUCUGAUCACAUGGGAAGUGGAAAGUGACUGGCUAAGAGCUUGCUGCUAAUCAUAUUCUUAUGUUUGCCAUUGGAUGGCAUUUGGCUUGGGUCCCUAGCAUCCAUAGAGAAAAAUAUUGCUUAAAGUACAAAUGACAAUUUAUGCAUAUUUUUGAAUCCUUGAAGAAAUUCAGCUGACAGUCAAUGGCCGAUAAAUGUUACAAUUAGAUCCUGUUCUUGGGGUACAUAGUGUUUACGCAGCUGCCCUGUGAAAGUGUUUUAGAGGGGUUCACCAGAAAUAAUGACUUUUUCCAAUGACUUUCUAUUUUCUGUGUCACUGUUUUUCUAAUAGUGAAGUGUAAAAUGUCAUUUUUCACCUUCUAAAGCAGCUCUAGGAAGGGGGUCGCCGACCCUGUUCUAAAUUGAUACAUUUGUCAUCGUUGUCACUACUAAGCAGAGUCUCUGGGUUUCAAAACAGGCAGCAGUUAGAAUUGAUACAAUAGUUGCUAAUACUCACUCCAGAGAUGCU